AUGGCAGAGGAGCUGCCUUCAGUAUUGAUACUGGGUGCUGCGCAAGUUGGCAAGCGCACCUUGACGCAGCGGCUGCUGCAGGCGGCUGGCAGCAGCGGCCGCGGCGGCGACACGAAUGCUGCGCCGACAGACAGCACGGAUUAUGCGCCCUGCGCUGGUUCUUACCUGCUACACCUGGACACAAAGUAUUACACAGCUGAUGCAUACAUCAAUAUUGUAAACCUGGAUGCUUACCAGCAGCAGGAGCAGCAGCAGCAGCAGCAGCAGCAGCAGCAGCAGCGGCAGCAGCAGCAGAAGAAUGGGCAGCAGCAGGAGCUCUGCGGGGCAGAGGCGGUGAUCUUGGUCUGCGACGCCACAAAUCCGUCCACCUUUGCCGCUGCCCGCCGCUGGGCUGCAGCCGUCGACUCCUCCGGCGCGGGGGUGCGGCUGCUUAUCGCCAACAAGGCGGACGCGGCGCCGCGGGCGGCGGCGGGCGGCAGCGGCGCUGCGCUCCCCGAGGCUGCGGGGUGGUGCCUAGACGAGGGCUUUGAGUAUGUAGAGGCGGCCGCGGGCGCGCCCGCAGCCGACGCCGCUCUCGCGCUGGACGGGGACCGUCAGGGGGUGGUGCGCGUGCUCGAGGCGCUGCAGGCACACAUGUGGCCGGGCCUGGCCCUUAAGCCCGCCCCGCCAGGGAUCGGCGGCCGGGGCGGGGGCGGCAACGGCGACGGCGCGCGCGCGGCGGCGGCGGUGCAGCAGGCGGCUGAGAAUGAGGGAGACGACACAC